CAGGAAGGGGAGCGGCCGGGAUGGCGAGUCCACGGCCCCGCGAGUACAAGGCGGGUGACCUGGUCCUCGCCAAGAUGGAGGGCUCCCCGCACUGGCCCACCUGGAUCGAUGACCUCCCAGAGGGAGCUGUGAAGCCUCCAGCCAAUAAGUACCCUAUCUUCUCUUUUGGCACCCAUGAAACUGCUUUUCUAGGUCCCAAAGACCUCUUCCCUUAUAAGGAAUACAAAGACAAGUUUGGAAAAUCAAACAAACGGAAAGGAUUUAAUGAAGGAUUGUUGGAAAUAGAAAAUAACCCAGGAGUAAAGUUUACUGGAUACCAGGCAAUUCAGCAACAGAGCUCUUCAGAAACCGAGGGAGAAGGUGGGAAUACCACUGACGCAAGCAGUGAGGAAGAAGGCGACAGAGUAGAGGAAGAUGGAAAAGGCAAAAGAAAGAGUGAAAAAGCAGGCUCAAAGCGGAAAAAGUCAUACACUUCAAAGAAAUCCUCUAAACAGUCCCGGAAAUCUCCAGGAGACGAAGAUGAAAAGGACUGCAAAGAAGAAGAAAAUAAAAGCAGCUCUGAGGGUGGAGAUGCCAGCAAUGACACAAGAAACACAACUUCAGACUUGCAAAAAACCAGUGAAGGGACCUAACUAUCAUAAUGAAUGCUGCAUACUAAGAAAACCACAAGAAGGUUAUACGUUUGGUUGUCCAAUAUUCUCGGAUUUGAUAUGAACCAACACAUAGUCCUUGUUGUCAUUGCCAGAACCCCAGUUUGUAUGUACAUUAUUCACAUUCCUCUCUGAUGUGUUUGGGGGAAAAAAAGACAUUUUAGCCUUUUUUAAGGUUAUUGACUUAAUUUCAUGUUAUUUGGUUGCAUGAAGUUGCCCUUAACCACGAAGGAUUAUCAAGAUUUUUGCACAAGCUCAUACAAGUCUAGGAUCCUUUAUCAAGGCAGUUAUGUUCAUCACUCUUCUGCCUUUUACUUCACCAUCACCAAACACUCAGUUAAAUAUAAAUUAGCAUUUUUUUAAAAGGACCACUCAACAUAAUGCUUAAGGGAUUUCUUCUCUGUGACAGAACCCAGGAACCAAUUCCUAGAUACAUAAUGUUGGCAUAUUGAAGGUGAACUUAAAAUUGUCCUUCAGUUUUGAGGCCAUGUGUAAAGUUGAAUCAUACUGUAAAAUACCUAUUCCGUAUUAGAAAUAGCUAGUGGACAACUUAUACUUCUCAAAACUCAU